CAGCCCCGGCCGAGCAGCGCGGCGUGGCCAUCGCGAGAGCUGCGCCACAGGACGCCGGUGCUGCCCCUCCGCGCUGCGCCGGUGCCGAGCCCGCCGGCCGGUUGGGAGCCCGCGUCCUUCCCGGCAGAAGCUCCCUCGGGGGUACGUCGAGGGCUGUGUGGGGGUUUCCUGAGUUUGAUUUAAAUAAAAGAUGGACUGGACUGGAAAGCAUAACGGGCCAAAUGAUACAACCAAUGAUGGAACAGUGGUACGACUUCGAGGCCUGCCAUUUGGCUGCAGCAAAGAAGAAAUUGUUCAAUUUUUCCAAGGGUUGGAAAUCGUGCCAAAUGGGAUAACAUUGACGCUGGACUACCAGGGGAGAAGCACAGGGGAGGCCUUCGUGCAGUUUGCUUCAAAGGAGAUAGCAGAAAAUGCUCUGGGGAAACACAAGGAAAGAAUAGGGCACAGAUACAUUGAAAUCUUCAAAAGUAGUAAGAGCGAAAUCAGAGGAUUCUCUGACAUGCCAAGAAGAAUGAUGGGACAGCAGCGACCUGGACCAUAUGAUAGACCAUUAGGAGGAAGAGGGGGUUAUUAUGGAGCUGGGCGUGGAAGUAUGUAUGACAGAAUGCGUCGAGGAGGUGGUGGAUAUGACGGUGGGUAUGGUGGCUUUGAUGAUUACGGUGGCUAUAAUAACUAUGGCUAUGGAAACGAUGGCUAUGAUGACAGGAUGAGGGAUGGCAGAGGCAUGGGAGGCCAUGGCUAUGGAGCAGCUGGAGAUGCCGGCUCAGGUUUCCAUGGGGGCGGUCACUUUGUUCACAUGAGAGGGCUGCCUUUCCGAGCAACGGAAAACGACAUUGCUAACUUUUUCUCACCAUUGAACCCCAUAAGAGUGCACAUUGACAUUGGGGCAGAUGGAAGAGCCACAGGAGAGGCAGAUGUGGAAUUUGUAACACACGAGGAUGCAGUAGCUGCCAUGUCUAAGGAUAAAAAUCACAUGCAGCAUCGAUAUAUUGAACUAUUCCUGAAUUCAACUGCUGGAGGUGGCUCUGGAAUGGGAGGCUAUGGCAGAGAUGGAAUGGAUCAAGGUUACGGUUCUGUUGGCAGAAUGGGGAUGGGUAGCAAUUACAGCGGCGGGUACGGAACUCCAGACGGCCUGGGAGGAUACAGUAUGUAUGCGUGACCUUGUGUCAAUUGUUUGCAGGUCGUGGCAGUGGAAAUAGUGGAGGAUACUAUGGGCAAGGCAGUAUGGGUGGAGGAGGAUGGCGUGGAAUGUAUUGAAGGGUAGCCUUGCUUCUACAGAACAUCCUGGAAGAAACAGUCUCUGGUCUACUAGACUUUCUUACAAAAUUUAAUUUCUUUUGUAUUUUAAGAACUUUAUAAUGACUGAAGGAAUGUGUUUUCACAAUAUUAUUUGGUAAGCAACAGAUUGUGAUGGGGAAAUCUGUUUUCUGUAGGUUUUAUUUGUUGCAUACUCUUGACUUUAAAUAAAUUUUUAUAUUCAAA